CAUGCGCAGUGUGCAGCUCGCUGGGCCAGCUGACAACAGCAGCAGGACUCAAAGAGGAAGAUGAUGGCAGACUCUGGAAGUAGCGGAGAAGUGGCUGUGAUCGGUAACACCGACAUUACCUCAGCGGAAUCAGAGAACAACUUCAUAAACACGAUGGUGGAGAGAGGGACAGCUCUUUUGAAGAAGAUGGAGAUAAAUGUGGCAGAGGCAGAGAAGAGGACAGGGAAGAACACAAUGAACAUGCAGGAAACCUAUACUGUCUACCUCAUAGAAACACGACCAGCUGAAGCUGUCCCAGAGGGCGGUACGCCUGCCACCCCAGACUGUCUGUGGAGACGCUACAGUGAGUUUGAGCUGCUCAGAACUUACCUUCUCGUCACCUACCCCUACAUCGUCGUCCCUCCACUACCGGAGAAAAGGGCGGAGUUUGUGUGGCACAAGCUGUCAGCAGACAACCUGGACCCAGACUUUGUGGAGCGAAGGAGAGUCGGCUUGGAGAACUUCCUGUUGCGUGUUGCAUCCCAUCCUGUCCUUUCUAAUGACAAGAUCUUCUUUCUUUUUCUCACAGAGGAGAAAGGAUGGAGAGAGGCGGUUUUGGAAACAGGCUUCCAAGAUAAGGUUGACUCCAGAUUAAAGUCUCUGAGUGCUAUGUUCAGAGUCAAGAACCCAGACAAGCGAUUCACAGACCUGAAACACUACAGCGACGAACUGAGCACUGUCAUUGCUCAACUUCUCCGAGUGCGAGCGAGAGUAGCAGACAGGCUGUACGGGGUCUACAAGGUCCAUGGAAACUAUGGCAGAAUCUUCAGUGAAUGGAGCGCUAUAGAGAGGGAGAUGGGGGAUGGACUACAGAGUGCAGGCCACCACAUGGACACGUACGCAGCGUCUAUAGAUGACAUUCUGGAAGAGGAGGAACAUUAUGCAGACCAACUGAAAGAAUACCUCUUUUACGCCGACGCUCUCAGGUCAGUAUGUAAGAAACACGACUUGACCCAGUAUGAGUCGGAGAUGGCAGCUCAGGACCUAGCCAGUAAGAAACAACAGAAAGAAGAGCUGGCUACUGGGACUGUGCGUGUGUUCUCUCUGAAGGGGAUGACCAGUAAGCUGUUUGGCCAGGAGAGCCAGGAGCAGAGGGAGAGCAGGCUUGCAGCCCUGGAACAGAGCAUCCAGGAGGGAGAGGAAUUGCUCAAAGACAAAAACACAGAGUGCCAAGAGUUUGUGCGAACAGCCUGGGAAGACAUAGAGCGUUUUAAGGAGCAGAAGGACAGAGAUGUACGAGAGGCACUAAUCAGCUAUGCCAUCAUGCAGAUCAGCAUGUGUAAGAAGGGAAUCCAGGUGUGGUCCAAUGCCAAGGAGUGUUUCAACAAAAUGUGAGAUGUCCUUCAGCCAAUCAGACUCUCCCCCCAACCAGCUAGCCAAUCAGAUUAUUCAGACCAGAAUGGGAUUCACAACCAACUGUGUUAUUGUUGACUUACGGAGGUGGAUCACAGGAGCCCAAAUACUGCCUUCAGUUUGUUUGCUACGCAGAAUGAAUGCCUCUCUUGGGCUCGGUCUCUCUCUCUCUCUCCCUCUCUUUUUCUGUCUUUCUUUCUUUCUUUCUUUCUUUCUUUCUUUCUUUCUUUCUUUCUUUCUUUCUGUUAUUGUGACAAUGAUUCCAGGUCACUACCAUUUUGAAAAAUGGAGCUGAUCCAUGCCUUGUGAAGCCAAGUGUCUUAACGGUGCCACUUAACAUGCAUUCUGCUACCGGCAGAUGUAACUAUCCUACACAGUACACUUUUUCCCAUGCUUUCUUCUAUACGUUCCUCUUGUUGUUUGCACAGCUAGCUUUAUGCCUAAGAAGAACUGUUUGGAAAGUCCUACAGCACUAAUGCAUAGAGUUGCAAGGUGGAAAUACUCAUGCAGUGGUUACCACAGACGUCAGAUCCUGUCCCCCCUCACUUGUGUUAUCUCUCACUUUGAACAUACGUGCACAGCUGUUCUGCUUCUUAGUAUUUAGUCAGUGGUGAGAAGCAAUACAGUUCAAUUAGUGAUUCUAUUUUGGCCCAUUUUUAUUGUUGCCUACCUUAAAGAAACUGAAACAAAUUGAAGUGUUUUUUUUAUUACUCUUAUUUUAUUUUGCUUAUUCUACACAUACAUGUAAAGUUUUCUCACUAAUGAUGCUGAAAUUGGGUGUUGAAUAUGUUUUAAUGCUAGCAGAACACAGAACUGUUACUCCCCUCGUUACAAAUAGCAGUGCCAGUGACCUUCAUGCUGUCAUGUAGCACAACUUGGCAUUUCUAUCAUACUGAAUUUUCUCUCCGUCACAGCAUGUAUUUUCAUUUAGAAAUCUUGGCAAUUCCCUUUGCUCAAAUCUGAAAAAUUGCUAAGUUUCUGCAUCAAAAGGGUUCAAAAAGUAUGCAUGAGAGCAUUCAUGAACCCACAGAUUUUGUAAUGGGACAGUCUCCAGGCCUCCCAAACACAACAGUAGUGCGUAUUUAAAUGGGGGCUCGCCAGAAGUCCAGAUGUUUGGAAAUCAGCCUUUUAAGGAUUAGUAUGCAAGAGGAUUGGGGCCACACAAUAAUAAUAAAAUUGAGUUCUUAGAUUAAUCUCAGAAUUGGGAGAUAACUGUCAGAAUUGUGAGAAGGAAGUAAAAAUUCUUAAUUUUGACUCAGAAGUCCAAAUUUUGGUUUUAUUCUCAGAUUUCUGACUUAAAUCUCAGAAUUGUGGCCUUUUUUUUUACUCAGGAUUCUAAGAUUAUUCUCAGCACUCCAUUUAUUUAUUUAUUAUUGUUUGUUUUGGUUUGGUUUGGUUUUUUUGUGGCCGUAAUCCUCCUCUGUUGAUUAACUGUAGUUAAGUGUUCUGUAAUUUUUUUCAUCUUAGUCGGCUGCUCAAAUAAGAAACUUCAUCUUUUUGAAAACGUUUGAUAUUAAUGUAAUGAUCUACCAGAAAUGAGCUUGUAACCCUUCUGAGGUGCUGAAAUGUUAGAAAUCGCUUAAAAGGAAAGGAGACAUGGAGCACAGUUGUAUUACAAAACCACUACACAUUUCUGUUUUACAUAAAUGUCUUCAUGCUGAAGUCAGUUUUGAUGCUGUAGUUACUGAGGACAGAUACCAAAGGGCUUGUGACCAAGUACUCAUAUAGUACAGACCAGGUGGGUGCGCGUUAGGAUCAGGGUUGACCAUAUUUUGGUGAUUUUAUUUUUUAUUUUUUGUGCCAAACAGCAUGAGUAAGAUAUAUUCUGUACAGUAUAUUUCAAUCAAUAAGGCCUCGCAUUUUGAAGUUUCAGAUUACAAUUUUCUUCCUUUGAAUUCAAUGGAGGACUUUUGUAAGACUGAAAAGUGGCACUCAUACAAACUACCUGAUCUGCUUUUUGUCACCCAGAUUACCUGUUGCAGAAUACAACACAAAUGCAGAUGUAUAUUUGAGUCUUCUCUUUUCCAGAAAACGUACUAGCCUUAAUUUUUAAAUUGUUGUUUUUUUGUGAAUGUUGUAGAGGACAGGAGGGACAAAACAGGGAGGGUGUUUGAUGCUCUGUGCUUACUGUCUAAGUGCCACACAUUGUUAUGCCAUUUCUGUCACUAUGCAACAGCGUAGACAUGAAGAGAGGACACAGAACAUGCAGAGGCAUGUUUUAACCACUUUGCCUGAAAAGGAUUGAUCAGACUGUGGAAAGUUGUGACUGCAGAUUUGUUGCAUCCUCAGAAUCUUGCUGUAUGCCACCAUACUACUCAUUUUUUCUUUGAAAUUUUCAUUCUUGAAGGAGAAGAGGGGAAACAUUGGUGCAGAAUGGAUCUAUGGUUUACGUUACAGUCACAUUUGGAAAUUGUGCAGAGCUUAGUUUCCAACAGCAAGUCCAACCCUUUUAGAAUAUAUGUAUAUAACUAUAAUCAGUAAAUGGGGGGGGAAAAUCUCAAACUGGGGCUUUAAUGUAUGUUUUAUAAUGAUUAUGUGAAGGGGGAAGAUUACUUGUUUAAAAUGUCUCUGUAAUCAUUGUUCUAAGACACUAAUAAAUGAUUUUUUUAAGAUGA